GAUUGAUCGAACUGACGAGGAACUCCAUUGAAGGGCUGUUGGAAGGCAUCCCAGGGGUUUUAGAAGGCCUGUGGGAGAUUAUUUGGACCAUGAUUACAGAUUUGUGGAACAAUUUUAUGGAAGCCAUUGGACAUGUAGGGGCUUCUUCUAAGAGGAGGAGGGGCUUCUACUUUUUCGUCGGUGUACAAAGAGAAAGGUCAAGAAGAGCUCCUCUUGGAUCAUGGCGAAGACACGCAUGGCAUGCGGUUGCCACAGAAAUAGGUCCACAGUCCACGAAAAGCUUUGAGUUUUCUACUCUUUUGACUUUUUUUGUGUUGCCGCCCGUUUGUUGAUUCUUCUGGGCUUUCUUCUUCUUUUCUUUCUAUAUAUAUAUAUGCAACAUUAAUAGAGCAGAGCCAUACUCUUCUCUUCUGUACUGAAUAUGGCCGGGAAGAAGCUCAUGCACGCGGUUCAGUACGAUCGCUAUGGUCACGGACCUGCUGGUUUGAAGCACGUGGAAGUUCCUGUUCUCGUUCCAAGCAAGGAUGAAGUCUUGUUAAAACUGGAAGCCACAAGCAUAAAUCCAUUUGAUUUGAGAAUUAAGAAUGGCAUACUGCGCCCCUUUUUUCCUCGCAAAUUUCCUCAUAUACCAACUACUGAUGUAGCAGGAGAAGUGGUGGAAGUUGGAUCUGGAGUCAAGAACUUUAAAGUUGGCGACAAAGUUGCAGCCAUGCUUAGCCAUGCCGCUGGAGGCGGACUAGCUGAGUUUGCUGUGGCUAAGGUGGCUCUAACAGUUCCGAGGCCACCUGAGGUAUCAGCAGCAGAAGGUGCGGGGCUACCUAUUGCAGGUGUUACUGCUCACCAGGCCCUUACCCAAUCGGCAGGGGUCAAGCUGGAUGGAAGUGGCCCGAGAAAGAACAUUCUGAUCACAGCUGCCUCUGGCGGCGUUGGCCACUAUGCAGUUCAGCUUGCAAAGUUUGGGAACACGCACGUAACAGCCACUUGUGGGGCUCGCAACCUGGACUUCGUGAAGAGUUUGGGGGCCGAUGAGGUCGUGGACUAUAAAACACCUGAUGGGGCAGCUCUCAAGAGCCCCUCUGGCCAGAAAUUUGAUGCAGUGAUCCACUGUGCCACAGGCAUUCCUUGGUCUACAUUCGAGCCCAAUCUGAGUGAACAUGGGAAGGUGAUAGAUCUGACGCCUGGACCGAGUGCCAUGAUGACUUUUGUCUUGAACAAGCUCACAUUCAGUAAGAAGCAGUUGGUUCCACUACUUGUAAUCCCCAAAAGUGAGAGCCUCAGGUCUGUGGUUGAGUUGGUGAAGGAAGGGAAGCUUAAGACAGUGAUAGAUUCAACACAUCCUCUGAGUAAGGCUGAAGAUGCUUGGGCUAAGAGCUUCAGCGGUCAUGCUACUGGGAAAAUUAUCAUAGAGCAGCGUUAAAAGCAUAGUUAGUUUAUGCAGGGGAUCCAUGAUUUGUUCGUGCAUUAAGCUAUUUGAUAAUCUGUUGGAUGCUGAUGUCUAAUAAUGAUAAUACAAAGGCCUUUUGAGUUAUUUUUGUUCCCAU